GCUGUUUAUAUCCAAAUGGGAACCUCUCCUCGCCGCCACAAGUCAGGGUUGAAGAAAGGGCCAUGGACGCCGGAAGAAGACCACAAACUCUUGGCUUACAUUCAGCAGCAUGGCCAUGGAAGCUGGCGAACCUUGCCACCGAAAGCAGGACUCGAACGAUGUGGAAAGAGUUGUAGACUUCGAUGGACGAAUUACCUCCGACCCGACAUCAAAAGAGGAAAAUUCAGUUUGCACGAAGAGCAAGCGAUCGUUCAACUCCAUGCGCUCCUCGGAAACAGGUGGUCGGCGAUAGCGACCCAUUUACCUAAAAGAACGGAUAACGAAAUCAAAAACUACUGGAACACACAUAUGAAGAAAAAGCUGAUCAAAAUGGGGAUAGAUCCAAUCACUCACAAACCAAUUAAGAACAAUGAAGAACAAAACAAUAUGAACUCCACCCUCACCCACAUGGCUCAGUGGGAAACGGCUCGGCUCGAAGCCGAAGAACGACUCGCUCGUCAAUCCAAGCCGCAACCAAUUCCAUCAGCUAAUCAAAACCCAUAUGGUUCUUCAGGCGGCGAGGAAUCUCCAACGACGUCGUCUACGGCCGCCGGUGGCGAUCAUCUGCCGUCGUCGGACAGCAAGAACAACUGGUGGGACGCCAUUCUCGGCGGCGAGUUCUGAUGGAAGUGAGUUUUUAUUUAUUAACGAUGGAAAAAGAAAAUGACCCAAAAAUUAAUUAUGAUUUUCGGAAAUUAUUAUUUUGGGAAUUAAUGUAAGUGUGAAAGUUUGAUUUACAAUUAUUAUUAUGCUUUUAAAU